GCUUAAAAUGUGCUUAUCAAAUAUGAAAUUUAUUCAUGUCUUCUAUUUGAUAUUGUUGAUUACGUCGGAAAUCCGAACGGAUAAUGAAAUGAAAAUGACUGCAAUAAAAAAAGAUCUAAUCUGUGAAAGUCUCAAGAAUAAUAAUAACACACAAUUCAAAAUACUUGCGAUUGGAACAACAUCAGAACGAAUAUUAUUGAUAACAAAGGAUUUCUUUGUGUAUGAUGUCCCAAUCAAUUACUUGGAACGUGAUAAAUUAUAUCUACCAACAAAGCCAACACCAAUCAAAAAUAAAUAUCCAAUUCUGUUCAAGAAUAAAAUCUUUGCUGAUAUUCGAACAAUGGUUAAAAUUGAUAAUGCAUUUAUAAUAAACGAUGGAAAAGAUGAUUGGAUUUUUUUAACUUCUGAGGAAUCAAAACUCCAUUAUAACAUCGACACUUCUGAAGUGUUUGGUGAAUCGGUCCCAUCUGAUAAGAAAAACAAAGUUUUUGUUUCAAGCGACAAGCCACGCCAUUAUUAUUCAUUAGUUAUUAAGGAUAAUAAUUUGUACAUGAAUAUUGAUCGAUAUGAUGAUGAUAGUAAUUUUAAGAAUAUGUCAAUCAUACCUACCGAAGGAAGUAAAUAUUUAAUAUGCUCCAAUCCACAAAAUACGAGAAUUAGGAUGGAAAAGAAAAUCAAAUGUCGUUCGGGCAUUCCAGUUCAAUGGCCAGUAUUGAAAGGAUUUGUGACUAAUUACAAAUUCUAUUUAUUUGGUCGCUCAUACAUCUACAUUUUCGAUGAAGCCGUUUACAAUAACCAAGGAGAAAAAUAUCCAGUGAAAAAAAUAAGUUACGAUACUUAUUUUUUAUGCCAAGAUGAAAAAAUUCAAACUGAAAAAAAUCGACAGCAAAGAAAACAAAUGGACA